AUGACUCUGACUCGUAUCAGUAGAAACGAAAUUCCAAAUGUUCCAUUAUCAAAAAUCGAUUAUGAAAGAUAUAAAUCAAAAUUUCCAGGUUCUUUAAAGCAAGAUGUCUCCUUUUCUAAUCAAUUGAAGGUUCAUGGUCAACUUAGAAACAUUAGAGACGAAAAUAAUUUUACAGACGAGUUUUUUACGGCUGCACGAAUUUAUACCAACAAAAUUACUAUUGAUGUUGAUAAUUAUUCGUCAUUGACUGACGCCUCAGAUUCUGUCUCAGAAACUUACACAUUUGACGAUGAACAAUCAAUUAAUUCACAACAAUCCAGACCAUCAGACAAUGAACGGUUAAUCACUAACAAAGCUGCCGAAGUUCAAACAGCACCAAUAGAUAAUAAUGGUUUACAACCCGUGUAUAAACUUUGGAAAAAUGCGAAAUUUGUUGAAACUGAAAAUAAUGCAUUAAAAGUAGAAAACUAUGCAUUAAAAUUCGAAUUAAGCACUUUAAAAACAAAAUACAUUGAUUUGGAAAAGGAAGUUACCAAUUUAAAAGAAAAGAUCGCCGCUUCCAACGAAAGAAAAAUAUUCCUUGAAUCACAAGGAACCAAAUUCAAGUACACAAUUAAAACCCUCAAAGAUACGAUCAAAGGCUUUGAAGCUACUAUUAAAGAUCUCAGAAAUAAUGAGAUAAAUCUCAAAGCGCAACACAAAGAACUUUUAAAGGAAUUAACUUUGUUAAAAAACAAAAACGAAGAAGCCGAAAAUAGAAAAAAACAAUUAGAAAAUAAAAUCAAAAAGAUAAUUGAAGAUCGCAAUCAGUUAAUAAAUAUAAUAAACAAAUUACGAAAGAAGGGAAAAGAAUUAAAAAAUAAAUACAAAAAGGAGAAGCAAGAAAUUCAAAAUAAAUUAGAUGAAUUGGAGGCAGAAAGAAUAAAUAAAAUAGUCGAAAAUUCAAAAGGAGGAUGUAAUUAA